AGCAGCUCCCAUUGGAUGACAUCACAGCUGGCUGUCAGGAUAUAAGGAGCCCUCAUCAAUGGAUAGUCUCAGGGAAGCCCAGAACCAGCUAAAAGACCAAGCAGACAUUCUUCCCAGCCUGAAAACUUUGAACAAAUAAAUCCAAAAUGGUUGGACUGAGACCCUCUGACAUCCCCCCAACACCAGCUGUCAAAUGCAUUGGUGCAGGCACCGCUGCGUGUAUAGCUGAUCUCUUUACCUUCCCGUUGGACACAGCCAAAGUCAGACUGCAGAUUCAAGGAGAGUCAGCAGUUACUGGAUUAGCGAAUGGCAUCCGCUACAAAGGAGUGUUUGGAACCAUCAGCACCAUCAUCAAGACAGAAGGUCCAAAGAGCCUGUACAAUGGGUUAGUGGCCGGACUGCAGAGACAAAUGAGCUUUGCCUCCAUUCGAAUUGGCCUUUACGAUACAGUGAAACUCUUCUACACCAAUGGGAAAGAAAAAGCAAGCAUCGUUCACAGGAUAAUGGCUGGAUGUACAACAGGCGCAUUGGCAGUUACUAUUGCCCAACCAACGGAUGUGGUGAAAGUCAGAUUUCAAGCACAGGUCAGCCUUCGUGGAGUGAAGAAGAGAUACAGCGGUACUCUGAAUGCCUACAAAACCAUUGCCAGAGAAGAAGGGAUGAGAGGUCUUUGGAAAGGAACUUUUCCAAACGUGACAAGGAAUGCAAUUGUCAACUGCACCGAGCUUGUGACCUAUGAUCUGAUAAAGGAAGCUUUGCUGAACCAUAAAUUAUUGACAGAUAACCUUCCUUGCCAUUUUGUGUCUGCAUUUGGAGCUGGCUUCUGCACAACUGUCAUCGCUUCCCCAGUGGAUGUCGUAAAAACAAGAUACAUGAACUCUCCUCCUGGACAGUACAAGUCAGCCCUGAACUGUGCAUGGACCAUGCUCACCAAAGAGGGGCCAACAGCCUUUUAUAAAGGGUUUGUCCCGUCUUUCUUACGGCUGGGCUCAUGGAACGUCGUAAUGUUUGUGUCUUACGAACAGAUAAAAAGAGCAAUGAUGAUGUCCAAACAAAGAGUAGAGUACGCAGUGUGACAUCCACCUCUGAACAACUGCGAAAAUGUAGAAAACCCAGAUUGUAUACUGAGAUCUGCCUUUCACUGAUAUGGAAAUACACAGAUAGAUGAUGUAUGAAGGUCCCUUUCCUGUACAUCAUACAUGUAUGUUCUAGGAGUUGAAGGCAGUGUCUGCAACCAAUAGCUCACAGCUCCAUAUGUACGACAAACAUGUAUGCUUUAGAUGCAUAUCCAUCCUACAUGUGAAAUGGAUUGUGAUGUCUGUAUGUCAUUCAAGGCAGAUGUACCAUAAGCAGAUAUGAAUGAGAGUAUGCUAUAAUUGUACAAAAGACAAGACAUAGGUAUUAUUUAUUGGU